CAUCAAUAAUCGAUUGACGACUCUGACGAGUCCUUUUCGUCUUCCUCCACUUGCAUUCCUGUCGCACAUCCGACCUUCUCGUCCAAAUUCGGGGUUUUGCUGGUCUUCUGCAACAAUGACAACCACUGUUAAACUGAACACCGGUGCCGAAAUGCCCAUUUUGGGAUUGGGCACGUGGAAGUCUCCACCUGGAAAGGUCACAGAGGCAGUGAAAGCAGCCAUUUCCGCCGGCUACAGGCACAUCGACGGGGCGUUUGUCUACCAGAACGAGGCGGAGGUGGGUGAGGGUGUAAAUGCCAUGAUCAAAGAUGGCCUGGUCAAGAGAGAGGAUCUCUUUGUUGUCAGUAAGCUGUGGUGCACCUUCCAUGAGAAGGCCCUGGUACGGAAAGCCUGUGAGAAAACGCUCAGUGAUCUGAAACUGGAUUAUCUGGAUCUAUAUCUUGUGCACUGGCCUAUGGGUUUUAAGGCUGGUGAAGAGCUAUUUCCUUCUGACAGUAAUGGAGAGACGAUCGGUGAUGAAACUCACUUCCUGCAGACGUGGGAGGGGAUGGAGGAACUAGUCGAUGCUGGUUUGGUCAAAGCUAUCGGCGUCUCAAACUUCAAUAAGGACCAGAUUGAAGCUCUACUCAACAAACCUGGCCUCAAAUAUAAACCUGCAAACAACCAGGUGGAGUGCCACCCUUAUCUUAACCAGGAGAAGCUGAUCAACUUCUGCCACUCUCAGGGCAUUACAGUGACUGCCUACAGCCCCCUGGGUUCCCCUGACAGACCCUGGGCUAAACCAGAAGACCCUUCGCUUUUAGAAGAUCCUCGCAUCAAAGCCAUUGCUGAGAAGCACAAGAAGACGCCUGCUCAGGUCUUGAUCCGCUUUCAAAUCCAGAGAAACGUGAUUGUGAUCCCCAAGUCCAUCACGCCGCAGCGCAUCCAGGAGAACUUCCAGGUGUUUGACUUUGAAUUGACCGAGGAGGAAAUGAAAACUGUUCUGGGAUUCAACAGAAACUGGAGGGUGUGUGCAAUGACAUGGGCUGUUCACCACAAGGAUUAUCCGUUCAACACUGAAUUCUGAAAAACCACCAAAGUCCCACAGGGUGCUGGAGUUUGCUGCUCAACCUGCUGGUUUGACUGGAGCUUAACAGCUUUUUUGUCAGAUUUUUCAGGAUUUAUUUUCUAUUUGACCUCAUUGUCAUUUGUUUUGUUUAGUGGUUCAUCAAAUGACCCUGAUGUGGCUGGUUUUAAAUUGAAUUAAAUUACUGAAAUGGAAAUUUUAUCUGCAGCUUUAUUUAGGCAAAAAGGGAAUUACUGCCUUUAAAUAUAUUUUCCCAAAUAAGACAUUUUAUAGCACUACAUUCAGGAGCAGCUUUAUCAUUUUAACUCAUUCGCUGCCAGCCGUUUCCUGAUCGGUAAAACCCUUCGCUGCCAGCGUUUCUCACCGUUUUUACUGUUUUUAAGAGUCACAGAACGUUGCGUGCUAGGAUGAGGUCGACGCCAAAACAACCAAAACAAAGAGUAAACUCACCUCUUACAUCAGAAAGAAUCAGCGUGUUUUGAGCGUUAUCCAUUCUUUCAUAAUCCGUUGUUGAAUUGUGAUCGGCAGAAGCUUUUCCGGUUCGUGCCUCACUUUUUUCUUUUUUUUUUUUUUACAGCAACAGCCCAAAAUGAUCUCCUAACACAUCUGCUUUCUGGUCACGUGACAUGUGACAUACGCGGAUGAAGAUCGGCUUUAGAGCUGGGAUGUUUGUUCUCACGGUGCGGGGGCUCGUUCCAACGCCCACACAGUAAAAAAAAAAAUGCUAAAGACGACCUUAGUCGUCAUUGGCAGUGAAUGAGUUAAUGGUCUGCAAAAAGUGCCUUCUGAUUUUCAUUCAUUGUAAAGUGCCAACCCUUUGAUGCAUGAAUUAUAAAAUCUUCAACCAUGAUUUUUUUAACAAGUCAAAAUGGAGCGGCUCAAAUGCAAUGAAGUCUUCAACAGCUGUGCUUGAUAGCAAAAAAUAAAUAACAAUUUUGAGUUCCUGUCCACCAUUGUGCAUCAAAGGGUUAAAUAUGUCUCUAAAACUAUGGUCCUGUUUAUUUCAUCAACUCGACUUUAAAUGACUCCAUUUUGGCACUCUGUCAUGUGUAAAACACUUCAUUCACUCCUAUGGGAUCUGCAUUUGUAAAGCACUCCAAUAAAGUCCUGUGGGAGAGAGAA